AUGAUAUACAUCGAGUGUCAACACGAUAUUCUCUCUGCGGAGCUGUCAAAUCUUCGGGCCUGGAAGGAGAAAAACAUUUUGAUACUGGGUGAGACUGGCGUUGGAAAAUCUACGUGGAUCAACGGUUUUAUUAACUACCUUUAUUAUGAUGGUCUUGAGGAAGCUAUGAAUGCCAAGGAAUUCCAGGUUUUAAUACCGUCCAGCUUCACCUUUACACAGGACGGGGAGGAAACGAAGAUAAUGGUUGGGGAAAGUGACACAAAUGAGAACAUGGAAGAAGGAGAAUCUGCAACCAAAGACCCACGUUCCUAUGUCUUUAACGUAGGAGGGGACAUCGUUCGCUUGAUUGAUACACCAGGAAUAGGAGCUAGUGAAGGUAUAGAACAAGAUCGGAAAAACUUUGACAAUAUACUAUCGCAUCUUACCUACUACGAGGAGAUUCAUGCUGUGUGCAUACUUCUCAAGCCAAACAAUUCACGUCUAACAGUAAUGUUCCGCUUUUGCAUCCAAGAACUCUUGGCUCAUCUGCAUUCGUCAGCCAAAGACAAUAUUGUAUUUUGCUUCACCAAUGCUCGAGCUACAUUCUACCAGCCUGGAGAUACCUUGCCUACCCUCAACAGAGAGCUCAGGAACAAACAGGUUGGAAUUCAAGCUACUCCAAGCAACUACUUCUGUUUUGAUAACGAGCCUUUCCGCUUUUUGGCUUGUGUAAAAAACGGAGUGGAAUUCAGCCAAGAGGAGAUAGACGCUUAUGCUAAAAGCUGGAACAAGUCUGUUGAACAAACCAAGAAGCUAUUUGAGCACAUCAGCUCUUUGGGGCCUCACCAAAUUCGGAAUACUUUGAGUUUGAAUGAGUCACGAAGAAUCAUCUUGGCCAUGAGCAAACCCAUGGCAGAAGUGACCAAGACAAUCCAACAAAAUGUACAUGAAGGCAAUGAGGUUAUGAAACAAAUUGACCUGGACGACAGAGAUAUGGACAGCUUGAAAGCCAUGAAGUUUUCUGGAUUUGACCUGAAGCGUGUGGAGCUAGAACAUCCUAGAACAGUCUGUGCAGAUUCAAAAUGUGUCAGAUAUGUCCCAGUCGGUGCGAGUGGGUCCUUAGUUACUGGAGAUAGCCCGCUGCUUGCCUAUGCAACAACGCACCCAGCAUUAAGCACUAGACAACAAUCGCAGCAAUGA